AUGGCUACUGCUCCAGCUCCAGCUCCACUUUCGGAAGAAAACCUGAAAAGGAAGGAACUGAUUUUGAGAAAUCUUCAGGAGUAUUUGGGUGUAGAUAAAAUUGAUAAGCAGCUCGAAAAUGGUAAAUUGAUGCAUCUUUACUGGGGGACGGCAACUACCGGAAAGCCUCAUGUUGGCUAUCUUGUUCCCAUGCGGAAGAUCGCAGAUUUUCUGCAUGCUGGUUUAAAGGUUACUAUUCUGUUUGCUGAUUUGCAUGCUUUUCUGGAUAACAUGAAAAGUACUUGGGAGCUGUUGGAGAACCGUGUUGUUUACUAUGAGAACGUAAUCAAGGCUUUACUUCAAAGUCUCGAUGUUCCCAUUGAUAAACUACAUUUCGUUCGUGGUACAACAUAUCAGUUGAGCAAAGAAUACACUAAUGACGUGGUCCGUCUGUGCUCUUUAAUUUCUAGGAGGACAGCUUUGAAAGCUGGAGCUGAAGUAGUUAAACAAGUUGAUUCUCCUCUGCUUUCCGGCUUACUCUACCCUUUGCUCCAAGCGUUAGACGAGCAAUAUCUCAAAGUUGACGGACAGUUUGGAGGUGUCGAUCAGAGAAAGAUUUUCAUUCUCGCCGAAGAGCAACUUCCAAAGCUGAAGCUGGGAAAGAGAUGGCAUCUCAUGAAUCCCAUGAUUCCUGGUUUAACGGGCACUAAGAUGAGCAGUUCUGAAGAAAAUUCAAAGAUUGAUCUUAUGGAUAAAGAAGACCUCAUAAGAAGAAAGAUCAAAAGUGCUGGUUGUGAAAGAGAAGAAGAAAACAAUGGAGUUUUGUCUUUCUAUGCUAAUGUUCUGAUCCCUAUUCUGACUACUAUCAAGAUAGGUAGCAAAGAAUACUCGGAUUAUGAGAAAGUGAAAGAAGAUUUCCUCGCUGGUGCUAUCUCUGAAGAUCAUUUGAAAGAUGCUCUGGCAGAUUUUCUGUGUUCGCUCCUGGAUAAGAUCCAAAAAAGAUGUGACACUGACGUUGUCAGAGAUGCUAUAGAGAAAGGUUAUCAAACUCUUCCGGAUAAUACCCCCUCUUCGAACGAAGUCGAGUACAGCUCUGACAAUUCCGUCUUGGAGAAGUUCCCCGACAGUCUCGAAUUGAUUGGAACGUCGGUUACUUUGCAAAAAGCUGUUUCUCAAAAUAGACCUAUUAAUGUGUGUUUCCCAAUCCAUCCCAAAGGUAACUUCCACCUUGGCUUUGUUGCUGGUCUAUUACAAAUCAAGGCUUUGGUUGAUGCUAACAUCAACUUGAAAGCUCAAGUUCUUGUAUCAGGAAUCGAAGCUUUCCUCGAUCAGGAGAAAACUGAGUGGAGUUUAGUGGAAGCUCGCACAGAGUUCUUUAAGGCUACUGCUGAGUAUUUGGUUUCGAAACUGAAUCUUCAAAACCAUGUAGAGAUUGUGUGCUCAUCAAAUUUCGAAGGCUAUUAUAACAAAGAUUACGUUCUGGACUUAUACAAAAUGGCAAGUUCAGUAACAGAAGAGGAGACAUCUUUGGAAGAAGGUGGUAAUAUAUCUUGCAAUUUGGUACCUUUAUUCUAUGCUUUGAAUAUUCGGUUAGCCAAUCCUGAUGUUGUGCUAGUAGGAGAAGAUCAGGUCAAGAUUGCGAAAUUAUCAGAGAAGCUUUUACGUGCUGUUGGAGCUGUUGCUCCUACUCAUUUGUCGUUCAAAUGCCUAUCUGGAUGUGAUGGUAAGAAAAUGGGAUGCAGCAAUGUUGACUUCUUACUUCAUCCAUUUGAAACACCCAAACAAAUCAAAACGAAGAUAGGAAGAUCCUUCUGUGCUCCCGGAGACUUGAGCAACAACAUCCCAAUGGAAUAUGCCCAGAAAAUUGUUUUUCCUCUUUUGAAUGGUCAACCACUGAGAAUUCCUAGAUCAGCCGACAAUGGUGGUGAUGUAGAAGUCAAGGAUUAUGAAGCUUUGAAACAUGAGUUUUUAGUAGGAUCUAAACCAGAAUUUCCUUUGCAUCCGGGAGAUCUUAAGAAGAGUGUAUCUGAUGUAAUUGAAGAGCUCUUCAAGAUUGACGAAAGUGAGAAAGACCGGCUGACCAAGCUCUUCAAUGACUCCUUCCCUUCGAAAAAAGGAAAAGGAGGCAAUAAGAAGAAAGCUACUUAA